GCUGGACACUGACUAUUGCACCUGGACACCGGGGUUUACAACUUCACGACUUUGUGUUGUUGGUGUCUGGAAGUCUCCCUCGUACCGUCCGCCCACCUGUCAGGUUCCCGACAUACCCCUCCAGUUAACGGCCUCGGAGAAGCAGAAAUGAAGUUGGUGGGACGAGUCCGUUGGGACAAACGUGUCGCACGUUACGUUCUGACGUCACGCCGACGUCACUGAGGUAGACACUUAUGGCGUUGCCAUGGGUACCGGAUGCCAGGUGUGAGUGGCGCCGUGCCACAGCGUUCAGCGAGCAGUGUACACGCAAGUCUAUCGAUCAGGUCUCGCGGUCCACAGCACAUCUUCUGUCCGCAACAGUCGCCUCCUGCCGCCGCAAGGUGGUCACGGCUUGUUGCGCAAGAACGAUGUUGUCGUCGAUGCUCGUCUCAAUCGGGUCACCAACCGGACAUUUUGCUUGACAAAGCUGCGUGGCUCGUGCUUGAGACCAUUGUUAACAAGAGUGGAAGGAGGGCCACAAUUCGAGUUCUCUCAGAUCGGUCCUUCCUUCUUGUGGACUCGAACCGCACGACUGCUGAGCAACUUGGAAUGGUACGCAGACGAGGCAAUGGGCAACCACGGUACCCACGACCUGCAGGCGGAGUUCACGACGAAGCGACACCAACCACUGCGACCUAACCGUGUUCCGACACCAGCUUGCACCCCACCCGGGUACCCGACCAAAUGGCGAUGAAAGGUUCUCCUGAGUACAAACAUGCCGAGGGAAUCAGUGUGAAAUAAGAAUGUUGCAGGUUGGCUGACUGAUUCGCUAAUAUACAAACUUUCCGCUGCUCGGGUUCUCGUGAACUUUGUUUUUAAGGCGGGAGUCUUGAGUUGAGACUAGACAGCCAGGAUGGAAACUUCAAUUAGCAUGUGAACUGUCAAUCAUUUAGCACGUGCUCUGCCCACCGCGUGAAGCAAGAGGAAGGUGCGAGGUGCACGGACUUCGGUCAUCUCCUACUCACCAGCUGCCCCCUCUCAUGACGAGGGCAGACGAGACACUGGACUACUGACACGGAAGAAAUCCCCCCAAUGCAAUCUGACUUCGACAACCAGAAGGUGUGCUUGCACAAGCCCCAGAUCCUCAGCAGAUACAGGGAUGAAUAAUUCGACCUGUUCAUGGCAAAGAUGGAUACCAUCACCACCCUCGACAGACACCUUAUCGCAUUUCUUUCAUGAUAACAGAGAAUAAUGUUGGACAAUCUACACAUCCUUGUUGGAGGGCGCAAAGCAACGGAAAGAUCGAUCAGCACCAGUAGAAUGGGGUUUGUGGCGCGCGGGGCCGCAGAUGGCUGAGCAAGUCCAGACCUUCUCCAUUUCUCCACACUCCGUCUGUCCUACACCUUGUCUACUUGUCUAGAGGUUGUCUACUUUCCUUCUGGCAGUUUGGGACAACAGCUUGGCGAGGGCCGCCCACUGAUUGCAGCAGACUGCGGUGAUGGUGUUGUCGUGCACUGUAACCACUUGCACGAGAUCGCAAACAACAACCGACCUUGAGGAAUUUUCUGCCUACAAUAUUCUCUCUGAUCAGAGCUGUGGGCGCCAUUGUCAAAUUUGCUAUCAGAAAAAUGGUGACAGUUCACAUGGCAGGCACGACCAGCCACAUAUUUGAAGAGCCGUGGCAUGGACUUGUAUAAGAAUGGGAUCCAGCUGUUCCUCCACUAACAGCCGCUUUGAGCUAACCAUUAAAUCAAGCCUGAAGUCCACCUCCAGCAAGCGGUGUCUUGGAGGAGACAUGCAGUGUAGGCGUAGCCGAGCUUUCAGCAUGACAUCAUCCAGCGAGGUCGAAGUGCAAGUUUCUAAGCCGCCAGAAGUUCAAAAUGAACAACCGACACCCGACAGUACCCCGGGACCCAGCGACGGGUUAAUGGAGGAGACUAACUCGCUGAUACCAGUAUUAUCUAUGGACAUGAUGACUGUCUCGAAUACAGGUUCCAGCACUACACUUACCAACCUACCCUCCCAACACGGGUCCCCGACAGCAGACGACAAGUCCGUGCGCAAGGAUCCGCAAUGGCGCAUGCCGUCGCACGUGGCUAGCCUCGCGCCGGAAAUGCAAAAUUUGUUGAUGGGGUUCGAUCCAGGACCUCUCCCGCUCAGUCCUCGUGUCAUCAAACUGUACAUUGCUGCAGAUGAUACAGACACCCUGGCCGAGAGAAUGGUGUUGACCAAGACUGUCUUUCCACGACUGCGGGUGUUUUGUGAAGAACACGGGUAUCACCUGCAGAUCGUGGACCUCCACUGGCCACUGCCAUCAGGCAUCGACCAGCAGAUACAGAUUGGCCACAUGGCGAAGUCUGCUAUGUGCAAUGAUGUCACUUUGUGGUUGGUGAUUUUAAGCAACAAGCUGGGAUGGACCCUCCCGUUGUCAAUACCUGCUGCACAGUUUGAUGAUAUCUACUCUCGACUUCCUGGCGAAGAUAUGAAAAAAGUGUUUCACGAAUGUUAUUUUCUGGACGAAAACAGCCUCCCUCCUGCUUACAUCAGUGUUCAGACACCCACCAUGGACAGGAAGCUGCUGCAGGAGCUGUGUGAUGUUCUAUGUGAUAUCAUGACAGACGAAGAGAAGGAGUUGUACAUGGCGCCGUGCCUCCAUGAGGAGAUAAUCAAAGCUCUAAACUCCCGAAACCGCAUGUCUGACAAUAUAGUGGUUGUCCUCCGCGAUUUUCACCAUCUUCCAGAAGGUGCUACCAGCAAGGAUAACAUCGAAAGUUCGGAUCCACUGCUUUCCACAGACAACAACAUCAACGAAGUCGAGAGAAACCACAGAUCCGCGAAACUACUAAGUGGGCUGAAAUCACGAAUAGAGCAAGAAGUCCACGUGGACUACAUUUUAAAGUGUACAGCAUCCGUUGAGGCCAAGGACUCCGUGGGACUGGCUACGAUGGAGUGUGAAAAUGACUUCCAGUGCAGUUUGUCUGAGCGGCUAGAGAUGAAGCUGCAGACAGCAUUGAAGACUGUCUUUGAUGACAAAAGACAACAGGAUAUUUUUACGGCAGCAGGCAUGCCUACAGCCCUGUCCCACGAGCUUUGCCUGCACGCCCACAAACGGUACCAACUGUGCUCCCGGGUAGACCAGGUCUCCCCAACAGUCUCCAUGGCCAUCAGCCACAUCCAGUCUUUGCCUCGCUCUCCUCUCAUCCUUCACGGGUGCCUGGGAUGUGGUCUUGACACUGUGGCGGCUCAACUGGCCAGUGAAAUGGCAGUGUCAAGAUCAGCAGUUGUGGCACUCCGGUUCCUGGGGCUGACACCAGAUGGCCAGAACCUGUCCGCUGCGAUGUUCAGCAUCCUUGAACAGACCUCGAUAGCUCUUGGAGGACCGGGCAUGAAGCAGUUGAAGAGUCUGUCAUUCGAUGCACUACUGUCCAGCAUUGCGCGGUGUGCAGCUGACCAUCCUGUUGCCAUAAUACUCAGUGGUCUCCAGCUGACUAUGCUAGAUGAGCAGGGCUGGCAACCACCCAAGAAUCUUCCAGAAAAUCUCCAUUUGGUGAUGCUUACAAGUGACAACAGCUUGUUGGAUACUUGGUCUAAUGGGCUUGACUCCAAGUGCUUCAUGGAACUACAAUCAGUGGGUCUGGCCGAGCUGAAAACCAUUUUCCACAGAGAGCUGCAGGUCAGCAGACGCUGUGUCACUCCGCAACAAGAAGCAGCUGUUGUUGCUGCUAUGGAAAAGUGUCCUCGCCCAUUCUUUGCUGUCGCCUUAGCAACCAUGGCCAAAGGCUGGACCUCAAGGACUUGCAUCACUGAAAAUGAACUCCCUUCGAGUGUUGAAGAUGCCGUGCAGCAGGUCUUGUUAGAGCUGGAGAGCAGUAUAGGGAAAGAGUGUGUUGCUCGAAUUCUAACUUACCUGACAAUCGCCCGGUGUGGCUUGAGUGACAGCGAGAUGGACGACCUUCUAGCCAUUGACGACUCGGUGGUCCUGUCCAUGUACCCCCAGGAGGUCCCCGCUGUGUGUCGCUGUCCGCAGGCAGUCUGGUUCCACCUCAAGACCACUCUGGCCCCCUGGCUGGAUGACAUCUGCCUGCAGGGUCACAGUGUCAGCCGGUGGAGCCAGCAGACUGUGGCAACUGCUGUCAUACUUCGCUAUCUGGAUCACACAGGUCCUCCGGCACUGGCGGCCCUUCACGCCACUCUGGCGGACUUCUUCCAGGGUCGAUGGGCAAAUAAACCCAAACUGUUUCCUGAUCCUAACGCAGAGGUUGAAGUGCUACACCAUCGCUAUGUCUUGCCCCAACCAGAUGAGUACACCGCUAACCACUCCAACAACCGCAAGUUUCUGUGUUUGUUGUACCAUCUCUUGCACAGCCAGAAACAGGAGCAGCUCGACACCAUUGCUGAGCACCAUAUUCUCAAUGUGGACCGGUUGGUGAAGAAACUGGAAGCCACUUCAACCGGUCAGGUGCUGCAAGACCUGCAUAUCGCCGCUGUCAAAAUACCAUCACUGGCAGAGGACAUAAAAUGGUUGAUGAUGGUUUUGGCUCAAAAUGCGAAAGAACUAUCUGUCAGCGUGAAGCAGCUGUACAACUAUCUUAACAAAGAAAUAGAGAAAAACGAGGGAACUGGCACACAGAAACUGAAUAUUGCAGAGAAAAUUAAGGCGGCAUGUGCCUGCCCUCCAAGUCUUGUUCUGUCUCUGCAGGACUCCCCCGCGUCUCUCAUUAACACACUGGAGGGAAACUAUUCCGCAGAAUGUGGCAUCGACGGUCUUUAUCUUCUAGCAGCUGACUCUCCCUUUUUGGUCAGCAUUUCAGAACUUGCGGGGGAAGUAGUGGUGUGGGACACACGUCAUCACGAGCCAAUCAGAAUUCUCCGAGGACUCGACAAGCCUCGGGACCUGGCCCUUGUUGACGCCCACCAUGUACUGGUUCUGUGCAACCGCGAGCUUCGCCUGCUGAACCUCAACACAGGGGCCCAGGUGACCAGACUUCCGGGUUUGCUGAACCUGAACAUGCCCUUCUUCUGCAUGGGCGAUGCCUCCACCGUCAUCGUCCUGUCGAGGAACCGGAUGUCCGUUAACGUCCUUGACCUUUUUACCGGCCAAAUUCGGGCCACGUUCAAGGCCGGAGAGGACCGCUUCCUGAACUCGCUGCUGGUGAGCGCGGACGGAGGGACACUGGUAUGCGGCGACGAGACGCAGAAGCCCUCGCCGCUGCUGGUCUGGGACCUGCGCGAGUGCAAACUGCGGCACGACUUGAGGCUUCCGCAGCACGAGUUCGCCACCAACAUCGCCGACAUCACCGACGACGGGGCGUAUGCAGCGUGUGCCUGCAAGGAACUGUCCAGCCCUAGCCCCACGUUCGUGGUGGUCUAUGAACUCAGCAGUGGACAGCUGUUCAAGCGUUUCAAGAUGGCUGCUAGCGUGACGUGCAUCAAGAUGGCCUCCCCCACCUUGAGUCUCAUCAUGCUGCUGGAUGACAGCUCUCUGGCGUCAUUCAGCCUUACUUCCGGAAACUGCAAUUUCCAUGUGUGUGGUGUGAAAGCUAUCUACAACCAGGUGAAGCUCUCACCAGAUGCAGCUAUGGCUGUCACAUAUUCAUCCAAGACAUGCAUUACUCCGACCACAUCUACUGUUGCCCUAUGGAAUAUAAUGGAGGGAAAAUUUCUGGGAUCCUACACAUUUGACACUGGAGUACUGUGCUGUCAACUCAUGCCCCAUAGUAACUCAGUUAUGGUGGGGCUAGCAUCACAUCAAGGUUAUGUAGCCCUCACGUUCCAGUCAUCUCCACAAAAUACGGAAAAGAUAAAUGUAACUGAAGACGCGUUUGGUGAUCCAUUUAUGAAAGGCAAAGUUUUUGAUCUCUCAUCACCAUAGAAUCCCUCUAUAUUUUCAUAACAUGUAAAAACCCUUGUGAUGAAUCACCAUAAGUGCAAUAAACGUAUUGUGUCUGAUCUUGCAACAAUGCUAAACACCACUUUUGUUUUAACAGCGUCAGUCAUUAGCACUAUUUUUAAUACAAUCUUCACUUGACUGCGAGCUGUUUGAGAUGCUUUCUGGUUUUAGUAUUAGGCAGAACGCUAUUCUGGAACAUUCCACUAUGAUACUGCUGGCACCAUGUCUAAGUUCUGCUCAAUUAUUGUUGAAUAAAUGCCAGAUCAUGAUUGCUUCAGCUUGCAAUUUUCAUGCAUCCACAAAUCAAAGUAUUAUGUAAAAGACUUGAGGAAACAUCUGCGUACAAACUCAGCUGCUCAUCUUUGAAAUGGCUUGUACAAUCUUUUUGCCAUAUUUUGACAUCAUUUACCACUUGAAAGGAACACAUUUUUUAGCUUUUUAUAAGCCAAAGAUGCUAAUUGCAAAAACUUGGAAAAAAGUGAUUAACAAUGCAAGCAACUGCUUAAGCCAGUACAUCUGGUGCCAGUGUGCAUUUCCCACCUUUUUUGCCAAUAACAUCUAGUCUUCAGUUGUUGUUUUUUUCUACAGUACUUUAUAGGCACAAAAAGUAUUCCCUUUGGAGUAAGUGAAUUGUAAAGCACAUUUCCCCAUGUAGAUGCAAGAUAAAUGUGCUGCACGAGACUAAAGACAAUCCAAUAGAUAAGGACCAUCCAUCUGAUGAGUAGCACAAAAGGCAAAACAAGCACCCAAGCACAUUGUCUUGCAUGGUAAGGCAUCAGAGCUCAGGCAGCUAUGCUGGUGCCAGGUUAUAAAGAGUAAGGACAACCCAUUGAAACAGAGCAUUUUCUUCACCGUUCUUUUUAUCUGAUUGAUUACAUCAAUACUUUAAUAUCACAGAAAUUAACAAUGUAGAUGAGAUUAAUCCAAUAGCCUUUUUUUAAAAUUUUAUUUACUGAUGAGCCAUCUUCCCCAAUAAAUCUGAGCUGGCAAUAUAAAUCUGUUAAUUUUUGGUUCCAUGUCAUUUCAUUCUCACUAUAGCCAAAGCUGCUUCAGAAUCCAUGCAAGCAGAUGUCAUUUUAAGCUCUGGUGGGAAGGUGAUUAUUGUCUGUUGACAUUUGUUUAUUGCUCCAUCAGAUUUGCAUUUGUCCACAUUUUUGUAUACAAGUACUGCAGCAUGCAUUUAAAAUGAAACUUUUCGUCAUACAUUUGUUGUAAUAGAAGGCAUCCGAUUGUUUUUUAAUUGACGCUAAAACAGGAUUGUUGAUAUCAAUGGUAGGAGGAAUUACUUUUCCUUAAAUAUGUUUAAACCCUCAGUUUUCCAUUUUUUCUAGCACCUGAACUGCACAAAUUUUUAGUAACUUAACAUCAUUGACCAGUUAUAAUUUUUACUAACAUAAUUAAAAUACUGCCCUUAGGUCUAGAAUAAUCUACAUGACACUCUGUAUAAACUUUUUAGAUUAUGUCAUGAUCAAUCUGGUUAAUAGAUUGAUGUUUUAGUCAAGGAAAUCAAACUAUAAUAAAGUAACGCAUUUAGAAUUACAUCUAGAUUAUUGGUUUAUACAAUUUAAUCCUUUAUCAGAUAUGACAGAUUCUUCAUAAUAUAGAUGUCCGCUGCCAGAACUUCAUUAGUACAAGUGGUAAAUGCAACAUCCCUGCGCAGUUGUAGCACUUUAUCAUCACUUUUGCUGUUAACCUCCAGGGGCUAUAGUUUUAAGUUCUUCUCAGGGCAAAAUCAGAACCUCAAGAACAUGUCUCUAAAGCUAUAAAUCAGUGUCGAGUUUACAGUUACUUUAUUUCUUUGCCCCAGGACACAUUUUGAAAAGUUACUGCUCAAGGAGUAAAACACCAUAAUUGUUCAGAUAAAGCAUUUUAACUUCAAAAACC